GACUGCGACUGGGUAGGUGUUUAGUAUGGCAGAAAAACACAUGUUUGAAAAUCAGCGAAAGAGGAUUAUCGAGAGGAGAAAACGUGAACUUCAGAAUGCGCUGGCAACACGGGACUUCACAGAUGGGCUCGAGGAUGUCGUCGCUGUAGUCAAAAGUCUGCCUCAUGAAGGCGUCACAGAAGAAGAACUCGACAGAAUCCUGCAACAAAUUCCUGAUAUUAUAUCAAAAGAAGUAGCAAGAGCCGUGUUGAACAUCUGCGAACAACAAGCCAACAAAUCAGUCAGAGAAAAUAGCCAAGCGUAUGCAGCAGUCUCCUUUGUGACAGGCGACAAAACACAGCAGCAGGUUGACGCCAUUGCUGCAAUAACGGAUGCAAAACCACAGGAAGGUUCUGCAGAGGAUGGAGAAUCAAGUAUCUUUGUGACUGAUGGAGGGGACCUUCCUUGUCAGCGUGUGUAUAAUGUCCUGAUCGAGGCCCUACCACUCACAGAACAGAAACUACGACACCUGACAGACUGUGUCCUACGCAAGGCUGAGCAAGAUGGUAUAUCAAGCAUCGCCAUUCAGCCAACUGGAUAUGGCAUGGACACUUUACCAAAGGCCGUGUUGGCUACAUCCAUCUUGGAUACAGCCUUGAACCACUCAUGUGUUUCUCUGGACGAAAUAGUGGUGUGUGCGGACGAAGGCGAUGCAGAUACGAUUAAGGCAUUUACAGCUGAGAUUGACAAGCGCCCUCAACUUGGAAAAGGCAAAGAACUCGGAUCUACCUUCUCUGUGACUAUUGUCAAAGGAAACAUUGUCCAUCAGGAUGUUGAUGUGGUUGUUAAUUCGACUAGCUCGAGCCUCUGCUUGGCAAGUGGGCAACUGUCUGCAGCAAUAUAUGAAGCUGCGGGAGACAGCAUACAAGAGGAGUGUAGGAGAAACUACCCCACAGGUGUUGAGACGGAAGAGAUAGCCGAGACUUCAGGAGGACAUCUACCGAGUCGGAGAAUAUACCACACGUCCCUGGGAGGCUGGUCAGAGCAGAAUUACAGAGCAUUUUUUGUAAAAUGUCUCACCAAGGCCUCGAGCUCGAAAUUGAAGAGCAUCGCUUUCCCUUUAAUUGGUACAGGGAUCUUGCACUAUCCAUGUGAUGAAGUGGCAAAAUGUAUCUUCAAGAGCUUUGAUCAAUAUAAAACAAGCUGCCCUGAUUCUUCCCUGCGAGAGGCACGAAUUGUUGUGUAUCCAGAAGACAAGAAAAGUUUGGAGAUCUUUGAAGGUGCCACGCCAGCAGAAGCAGUCCCAGAUGUGCAUCCAGUAUAUUCCUCAACAAGCGAUUUUACAUUACAAACAGCUGUAGGCAUGGCUGGGCACAUCCAGCUGCCCUCACACUGGAGUCCAAUGACUGAGGAACAGUUUGUGAGCGAAGUACAGCUCGAACCUGAAGAUAAAGAAUACAAGUUGGUGGCUAGACAAUUCAAUACAGGCGUUGACAAUGAAUAUACCAUUGUCGAGAUCAAGAGAAUCCAGAACCGCACACUGUAUCUCCAGUAUGUGAUGCUCCUGCACCAGAUGGCAACACAGAACCCGGAUGCGGAUCUUGAGAGACACCUAUGGCACGGAACAAAUGGAGAUGUUGUGACCAGUAUAAAUCUUCAUGGUUUCAGUCGUAGCUAUGCAACAGUCCAUUACUAUGGGAAGGGAACAUAUUUUGCUGUCAGUACAGACUACUCUGCCUCCGGUUACUCCCCUCCAAAUGAAGAUGGUAUCAAGCACGUCUAUUACGCAUCUGUCCUCACUGGACACUUCACUGAAGGAGAAGGAGACAUGGUAGUCCCCCCACCUCUAGACCCCGAACACCCAAGCAUCCUGUACGACAGUUUGGUUGACAACGUGGAUAAUCCCAAUAUGUAUGUUGUGUUUAACGACGUCCAGGCCUAUCCCAAGUACCUCAUCACAUUUCGGGAGUAAAGAAGAACAUGGAACAGUGAAGAAUGUGACUCUGAUGUUUGAAUUUGUGUCUACAUACAUAACCAUUACACGACACGCAAUCAACCAUGUCUGUCCGACAAGAACUGGGUAUUUAUUCUCAACCUACGGUCGUUCAAGGUGUUAAUGUGUAUGCUGCAUGUGAAUAUAUGAUUAAUUUAAUAUUUAUCUACAUAUUUGAAUAUAGUUCAUGUGAUUCUAACCAACAAUAUUCCAUACUGUUUUGGGUAUAGCAACAGUCGAUUGGCUCAUGAAUAUUUGUUUAAAACAGAUGAGGAUUUUCAGAGUGGUUUCUUAUUAUGAAGUAGCAAAUCGGAAAGAUCCUUUUAUCUGGUUAAUUGGUUGAUUGCUUGUUCUUUUUACUGGGAUAUCAUUUUAAAUACAUCUUUAGGAAUAAGCAAUUAGCAAUAAGUUGUAAACAUGAAGUUCUGAACAACUAUCUUGCUAUUUUUAUAUAUGGAAAGAUAAACUGUUGAUGUGUUCUUGUUACUUGUAUCUUUCUGGUUUGCUUUACAUUGUGUAAUAAUGAUUUAAUGUAUUGACAGAUUUUACAAAUGUGUAUUUUGUUCUGCUUGGUGUAUAGCUAUGGUAUUAUUGCUUGAAUAUAAAAUUUGAACAUAUUUUAGUAAACAUAUGACACACAAACUUAUCAAAUGCUUCUUAAGUUUUACCCGCUCUAUAUUGCUAUAGGGAAAGCGUCAAUAAACGAAAGAGGAUGUAAACGUCUUAAAACACAUGCAUACACUACAACCGCAAUGUUCAACAAUGUCUGGAUAACUGAAAACAUUACGGUACCUCGAUCGUGCGUUUGAACGAGCGGCUUACCGUUUGCGUGAAACAACAGGCUUAUAUACAUAUAGCCUGUUGGCUGGGAUUAAAAGAAUAACACAAAUACACAGAAAGUAAGAGGUUGUUCCAGAAAUCUUAAAUUUAUUUUCAUUGUUUACUUUCACUACUUCCAGGGCUGGAUGUAACACAAACAGUUGUCAUGCAUUUUAUUUCGACGUUGCUUCAUAAUUUUAUUAAUGUGUGCGUUUUAGUUGGAUAAAAAUUUUCAUUAUUCUUA